ACACACUUGUCGCACGUGCGGCUCCAGCAUCCUGCGAUGAAUGUGGCAUGCGACGUGUGCGGCGAGACGUUCGUGGGACGACUGGGGUUACUACAACACAAGUCACGAGCGCAUCAGGUGACAGUGGUGAAGGCGGAGUCUCGCUGCGCGGAGUGCGGCGCGCAGUUCGAGAGCGCGGAGGCGCUGACCAGACACACCCCCUGCGACCCACAUGCCAGACCCUGUCUGGUGUGUGGCGAGACAUUGUCGACAGAAGAUGAAUUACAAGCACACGCCAAGGAACGACACAGCAUGGAUCAAUUCAAAUGUGUACAGUGUGACAAAACAUUCGCCAGCUCUAAAUCGUACGAGGUGCACCACCAGCGCGUGCACCUCAACGUGCGCUGGCGCAAGUCGCGCGAGCAGCGAGCGCGGCGCACUCACACUGACCCGCCCAAGCGCAAGGAGGCCAUGUGCGAGGUGUGCGGCAAGGCGUGCGAGUCGAACGCAGCGUUGGUGUACCACCAGCGCUCCCACACGGGCGAGCGGCCCUACAAGUGCGCGCAGUGCCCCAAGUCCUUCACAAUGCCGCAGGCCCUCAUAAAUCACCAGCUGGUGCACUCGGACGAGCGACCGUACGCGUGCUCCGCGUGCCCGAAGGCCUUCAAGCAGAAAGUGGCGCUGCAACUGCACAGCCGGGUCCACACCGGCGAGCGUCCAUACAAAUGUUCGCUAUGCGACAGUUCGUUCAAGCAGGGCCCUCACCUCCGCACCCACGUCAAGCUGAUGCACCACGCGCCGGAGCGCCGGCCGCGACGCAAGCCCUAGCACGACGGGCGUGGCUCACUCGAUCCCGUCGCCAGGGCUCGGAAACCGUUUUAUUUUUCAAACCGGUUUCGUUCAUUCACCCGGGAACGAAAAGGAUUUAAGAAGAAGAAGAAAUACAUUUAUUUAACAUCUGGAUUUCGUUUCCGUUUGCGGUUACCGGUUAAAGAACUGUUCUAUUGAGAAACUGAUUUAUGCCACUUUCGUUCGCCUUCCGUUUUUGUGAAACGAAAUUAACCGGUGAAAUUGAAAAUAGUGAAGCGAGGUAGAACGAGUAAGUAUUGCUAUCUCUUUUGCGUAUGAUAACGAGUUUAACCGAGAGUCUCCGAAAGCCAAGAGUAACCGGUAUUAUAUCGUUCCCUGCGAACCAUAAAAUUCUGUUCCCUGUUCUUACCGGUUAGGAGAGAGCGUAAUGUUUUAGUUCGCGUUCCAUCAAUUUACCGGUUUUUUAACGAACGAAAUAAUAUAAUGGUUUUGGAACGCUAUUAACAGGUAUUUCAAUACCGGUUCCGAGCCCUGCCCGUCGCGUCGCUACAAGUACACGCGGCCCACACCAAUGUUGGUGUCUAGCCAUAGCAGUUGCCGCACACCGCUACGGAAUGGACUGGUCGCUAUAGUUCGUUUUUUUAGUACUAGAAAGAACUUGGAAGAAGGUAAGUGAUUUUAGCAUGUCUUUUAAUUGAAAAACGCUUAUUAAAAAUCAGUAACUAUCAUUUAUGAAAACAGAAGAAUAUAAAUUAUAUCUCUAAACCGCGUGGAGUGGAGGAACAGCCUUCUAAGAGGUCGCGAAACCCAUGAUAGGUCCUGGUUUCAAGACUUGACCCGAAAACGGGCAAUAAAACGCAUGCGCGAUGAGGGUCGCCUCGAUGCGGAUCCUCAAUUAGGGUUACCAGAUGACAGGAAUUUUCCUGAAUUAUGGCCUUUUGUCAGGAAUGGGGGCGGAAAACGAAAAUGUCAGGAUUUUUUUGAAUUGAUAGACUUUUUUUAUUAAGUACCUUUUUAUUUACUUAAAUCAAUCCAAAAACAUUGCAAUAAAAUAAUAAAUGAGAUCCACUAA